UAUUUAACUCUAUCUUGUCUCAAUGAUAAUAAAGCAUCAUUGAUGUGUAUGUUUAGCUCAAAUGAGUGGAAAUCAAGUAAGUUUUCCUCUACACCAGAGGGAAGAAAGGUGGAAGGCAUGGCUUUAGAUAGUCGUCUAUGGAAGAACAUAAUCAUAUGUCUCAAAGUCGUUGUUCCUCUUAUGACUGUCCUUCGCUUGGUGGAUUCUGAUGAAAAACCUGUCAUGGGUUUUAUAUAUGAUGGGAUGGAUUGUGCCAAGAAAAAGAUAAAAAUCAACUUUGACAAUGUUAAGAAAAGUUAUGAACCUGUAUGGAAUAUUAUUGAUGAAAGGUGGGAUAAACAACUCCAUAGACCCUUACAUGCAGCUGCAUAUUACCUCAAUCUCCAUUUCUAUUAUGAUCCUAAUUUUAGAGAUGAUGAUGUUGAGGUUAAACAAGGGUUAUACAAUUGUAUGACAAGGUUGGUGAGUGACUUGAAUGAGAGGAGCAAGAUCGGUAUGCAACUUGCUGACUUUCAUUAUGCUAGAAGGUUGUUUGGUCUUGAUACUACAGUGGCUAGUAGGAAGGUUAUGCUUCCUGUAGAAUGGUAGGACUUCUAUGGGGAUGGAUGUCCAGAGUUAAAGAAGUUUGACAUCCGUGUACUAAGCUUAACUUGUAGCUCUUCUGAAUGUGAGCGUAACUGGAGUUCAUUUGAAAUGGUAAUUGAAUUAAUGUCUUUGU